GCCGGGAGCUGCGGCGCCCUCCGCCCCGGGCUCCCUGCCCAGCGGCCAGCCGGGCACAAGUUCCUGGUGAUGGGGGCAGCAGCUCCCGCAGCCCCGGGUCUGGAGUCCCCGACCUCCCUGCCCCGGGCGGCCCGCAGAGCGAGCCUCCCCCGCGCCCACCAGCAGUGAGUUCCUGCGCCGCGCCCGGGCACCGCGCCCCUCCUGGACUGAGCCGCCGGCUUCGGGAGCCCCGGAGCGGAGCUUGCGCCAGGGGCCGGCCGGCCGGGCGGGGAUGACCGCGGAGAGCCAGCAGCCCCUGUGCGGGGCCAGCCCCGCCGAGCCCGGCCUCCUGCUCAUGCCCCUGGUGAAGGCGGAGCCGGGGCCCCCCGAGGCGGGGGCGCGGGGCGCGGGCCGGCGGCGCAAGCGGCCGGUGCAGCGCGGCAAGCCCCCGUACAGCUACAUCGCCCUCAUCGCCAUGGCCAUCGCGCACGCCCCGGAGCGGCGGCUCCCGCUGGGCGGCAUCUACCGCUUCAUCACCGAGCGCUUCCCCUUCUACCGCGACGGGCCGCGCAAGUGGCAGAACAGCAUCCGCCACAACCUGACCCUCAACGACUGCUUCGUCAAGGUGCCGCGGGAGCCGGGCCGCCCGGGCAAGGGCAGCUACUGGGCGCUGGACCCGGCGGCCCGCGACAUGUUCGAGAGCGGCAGCUUCCUGCGCCGGAGGAAGCGUUUCAAGCGCAGCGACCUGGCCACCUACCCGGGCCCCGCGCCCGACGCGCCCUUCGGGCCGCCCGCCGCCGCCACCGCCGGCUACCCCGCCGCGCCGCCCGCCCCGCGCCGCCUCUUCAGCCCCGGGGGGCCGCCCGGCGCCCAGCUCGCCCCGCAGCCCGGCCGCCCGCUCAGCCCCGAGCUGGCCCCGGCGCCCGCCAGCUCCUGCGCCUUCGGGGGAGCCGCCUACGCCAGCCCGGGCUGCGCCGUCCCCUACCCGUACGCGGGGCCCGGCGCGCCGCUGCCGCUCCCCCCGGCGCCCUACCCGCAGGGCAGCGGCCCGCUGUACCCGCCCGGCCGCCUGGCCCUGGCCGCCUCGCCCCCGCUGGGCGGCGACAGCCGGGACUUCUACGGCCGCAUGUCCCCCGGCUACGGCCCCGGCCCCGGCGCCUACCUGCGCCCCGCGCCCUACCCCGGCGCCGCGGAGAGGUUCGUCCCGGCCGUGUGA